AUGAAGCCAAUAAGACUUCCGGAGCCGCCAGGGAGCCCGCAACCGAUGAGCGGAUUGGCCGAUGUUUUCGACGGCGACGUUAAUGGCGUUAUCCGGCGAGCUGUCAUCAUUGGCAACGGUUACCCGGCAUCGGAAAAUCAGAGUGUUGGGUUGGUUCGCGCCCUCGGUUUAUCUGAAAAUCAAACUCUCUAUCGAGUUACGAGACCAAAGGGAGGUAUCAAUGAGUGGCUGCACUGGCUCCCGGUUGCUGUUCACAAAAAGUUGUACUAUAUAUUUAGCCAGAUAUAUGGAUAUUCACAAAUUUUUAUUGCUAGAAGAGGGACGAAGCAAGCUCCUUUCCCUAGGGAGAAUGGUGUCGGUGUAGGUUUGUCAGUGGUGCUGGAAGCUGAUGUGAAGAAUAUUGUCAAACUAGCCAAAGAAACUUUUGAGAAGGAUGGUCCUCUACUUGUGGUAGCAUCUGGCAGAGAUACCAUUUCGGCUGCAAGCUCUAUAAAAAGAUUGGCAUCUGACAAUGUGUUUGUUGUCCAGAUUCAGCAUCCAAGAUCCCGUUUAGACAGGUUUGAUAUGGUGAUAACACCAAUGCACGAUUAUUACCCAUUUACUCCUGAAGCACAGCGACAGGUUCCUCGCCUUUUCCGGAAAUGGAUUACACCUGAUGAACCUCCUAAUGAACGUGUUGUCCUCACAGUAGGAGCCCUCCAUCAUGUAGAUUCUGCCGCACUUCGAAGUGCAGCUAUCGCCUGGCAUGAUGAGUUUGCACCUCUCCCCAAGCCUUUGCUGGUUGUGAACAUUGGAGGGCCUACAAGGUACUGCAGAUACAGCACGGACCUUGCAAAACAACUAUCAGCGUCUCUGCAUAAUGUCCUCACAAGCUGUGGAAGUGUGAGAAUAUCUUUCUCAAGGAGAACACCAGAAAAGAUUUGUAACACAAUAAUUAAAGAAGUCGGAACUGUUACCAAAAUCCACAUAUGGGAUGGUGAAGGACAGAAUCCGCACAUGGGACAUCUGGCCUGGGCUGAUGCUUUUGUAGUCACUGCUGAUUCGGUUAGCAUGUUGAGUGAGGCUUGCAGUACAGGGAAGCCUGUUUAUGUUAUCGGGGCUGAACGCUGUACAUGGAAGUUUGUAGAUUUCCAUAAAAAGUUAAGGGAAAGAGGCCUUGUUCGACCUUUUACUGGUCUUGAGGAUAUGUCAGAAAGCUGGAGUUACCCACCUUUAACCGAUACUUCAGAGGCCGCAAACCAAGUGCGUAAAGCACUUGCCGAGCGUGGGUGGAGAUUGAGGCCGUAA